GAUGGACAGAACACACCUCAUGUUACCAGGUUUUAGGCUACCUGUUACCUGAUGUUACCUGUUGUUACCUGUUACCCUAAGAGUUCCUUCAUAUGAAGGUUUUGGUUCUCCUCACAUAAAUUACACUGUUCAUUGUAAAUGAGACCAGGACCAGUUCUCUCCUGGAUCCCCACCUGAGUUUGUCCCUCACCUGAGUCUCCGCAACUACCUGAGUUGCAAUCACUCACCUGGACUCUCAUUUUAAACUUUAUAAGCAGCAGUCAGACAUUCACAUAUUUAAUUUCCCUGGAUUUUGCUUCUUGGUGCAGUUUGUUUGAGAUGUGGUUAUUCUGUGAGGAAGCCUGCAGACAAUACUGAGGGCAGAAAGUUUUAAAUUCCUGAAAACUGCAGCAUCAGUUAAACUGGGUUUAAAGCUUCACUGUUGACUUUAGAAAUAACAUGACACCAUUUAUUAAUCAGCUGUCUGUGUAUGUUAUAUGUUAUAUAUACAGAUAAUAUGUAGUUUUAAUACAAUUAUUAUAAUAGUCAAACAUCACAAUCUAUUAUUGGCCGCAUCAUAAGUUCAUGGUGUAACAAAAAAAACAGAGAGGAGGAUUUCCGUGAACUCACCUAGGAAAAAACCUGUAAAAUUUAGCCAAUGGGAGCAAAGUGUGGGCGGGGCUUGGUAUUGGAAUGCGAAAGAGAGAAAAGCAGUUUCUGUCGGACCGGUUAGUGACCCUGGGUGAAACAUCACCAAACAGUUUGUUUCACUUCAGAAGAAGAAAGAGGAUAAAACCAGAGAAGAAGAAGAAGUCUGAUUCUGUAGAGAAACCACAGAUUGAGGAAGAAGAAGCAGAAACACCUCCUGCCUCUGAACAGCUCUCUUGCCCUGACUGAUUGGUUGAUUGGUCAGUUUUAGCCCCGCCCUCCUGUGACGCUCCACCAUGUCAUCAAACAUCAACGUCUCCCUGGACAACCCAUACGGUCAGGUGACCAUCCCACGGGCUAAGCUCCACCACCCUGAUGACACUGCCACGGUCAUAGCCAAUCCGGUGGCUCUGAGCAGUAAUGACGGGAACCCAUAUGGUGUGUCGAGCUCCGCCCCCCCACCACCUUAUAUGGUGAAGGAAGAUGGAGGGGGGGAGGAGGAGGGAGGAGGGAAGUGCCGUGCUUGUUGCUAUCGCUGCAGGAAGAGGAAGUGAUCUCACUGUGGCAUGAGUUGGCAUCACAGUGACAGGACGUGAUGUCACAGCAUCAGGAGGACUGUGAUUGGCUUGAAAUGGAGGAUGGAAGGACAGGAAACAAAGACACAAUUCAAAAGACGGGACGAGAACGAAAGAACAGAGAAGAAGAAAAGAGAGAACGACAAGUAGGAAAAGAAAGAAAGAGAAAUAAAGAGAGAAAGAAGAGAGGAGGAUAUAACAAGAAGAACGGCAAAAGAAAGGAGGAAAACGUGCAGUGGAAUAAAAGAAGAGAAGAAGAAGAAGAGAGGGAUGAAAGAGGGAAAGAAGAAGAAAUGAGAAACAACAGAAGAUAAAAUAGAGAAGAACAAUAAACCGGACAGCAGGAAGAGAAAAUGUGAUGUGAAGAAGAUAAAAAACCAGAAAAAAUGUCUGAUGACAGAAAGAAAGAAGAAAAGGAGGAAGAGGAAGUGACCUGUCAGCCCCUCCCCCCUCCCCCCUCCUCUGUUGCCAUGGAGACACAGAUGUCACUGAGGAGGCAGGACCUUGUGUGCAUCGUGUGUUUUGGCAGCUACGACUUGGCAGCACGUUUGCCGCGGCGACUGAACUGCGGCCACGCCUUCUGCCAGGCGUGUCUGAAGAGGCUGGACACGGUCAUCAACGAACAGGUGUGGAUCCCGUGUCCUCAGUGUCGACAGAACACACCUCGGCCCAGAGGAGGAGCAGCAGGUCUGGACCUGGACUUGGCCUCCUUCCUGGGAGUGAAGGCCCAGCAGACCUGCACCUCUUCCUGCUCCUCGACCUCCUGGAGCUCCAUCCGCAGGGAGGGGGUAGCGACCGGAGAUGCGGCUCAGGAUGGGAAGCUGUGGCUAGGGAAGGAGGUCUCCGAUGACAGCUGGUCACACGGAGGUCUGGCUGAGCCGCGUUUCCACCGUUAUGGCAACUGCUGCCCGCCGCCAUCCUUUUGGCUGUGCUGCUGGUUCUGCUGCACAGGGCGGGGCUAAUGCAGAGGGGCGGGGCUUAAACCAGUGUGCUGCUCCGGUUGUUUCUCCAUGUUGGUGAAUUUCUUCUGCUUUAACUGAUGUAAAAACUUCAGUAUUUAAAUAUAAUAAAUCAUAUUCUACAGAUGUGAAUCAUCAUUUUAUAUUUCUCACUGACUGAGACCAUGACAACAUAAAUAAAACAUUGUAUUAAUUGUAAUAUGAUCAUGUGACAAUAAUAUGAUAAAAAUAAAAAGUAUCAAGUUU